AUGUUCUAUGGCACAGCUGUAUGGGACCCUUGGCUUAUUGUUGGCCAGAUUAUAUGCCUUCAAUGCUCCUUCUAUCUUACUCUUGGAGUCUUCAUGAUCCUCUUUCUAGGCCUUCGUGUUCCUCGCCUUAGUCUUGUCUACUUUUUCGAUUACGCUACUCUCACUUAUUCUACCCUCACCGGUUGGUGUGUCAUUGCCUCUUUCCUCUUCACUUCACUCGCUGGGGCUGUCUACAUGAUAUUUCUGGUGGAACGAGCACGUAAAUGCCUUGAUUUCUCUGCUACUCUCUAUAUCAUACAUCUCUUCUUCUGCAUUGUGUAUGGAGGAUGGCCUUCGUCCAUGGCAUGGUGGGUUGUAAAUGGUACUGGACUUGCUAUAAUGGCAUUGUUAGCUGAGUACAUGUGCAUUAAACGCGAACAGCGAGAGAUUCCCAUGGAUCGUUUCCAUUCAAGGGUUUGA